AUGAGUGAUAACGAACGAGGAAUCACAGAUGGUGAAGAUAUAAGUUUACCCAGAGCAACAGUAAACAAAGUCAUUCAAGAGUUUUUACCGAAUGAAAUAGUUUGUUCUAAAGAUACGAAAGAUUUAAUUGCUGAUUGUUGUAAAGAAUUUAUUACAUUAAUUUCAUCAGAAGCUAAUGAGAUUUGUGAAAGAGAUUCAAAGAAGACGAUCUCACCUGAACAUAUUACAUCUGCUUUAAAACAAUUAGGAUUUGAUGAAUAUAUAGAAGAAGUCGAAAGUGUAAACCAAGUUCAUAAAGCUCAAACAAAACAUGAACAUCAAAGAAGGAAAAACAAAUUAGAACAAACUGGUUUAAGUCAAGAUGAAUUAGCAGCACAACAAGAAUUACUUUUUGCUGAAUCCAAAGCUAGAUUUGAUGCUGGUCAAUCUUGA